AGCUAUUAAUAUCCUCUUGUAAUUGCAACAACUAAACUAAGCAGAAAUUGGAUUGUUUUAAUCAGCUGGCAAAACAUAGAUUUUUUUAAAAAAAUAUGUCCCUAGCUGAAUCACUUCCCCUUUAAGAAAACCAUUAAAAAAUGUGAUAUGUGGGUUGUUUUGUUUAUAGGGGAGGAGUAUUUCUGUUUGAUGAAUAUUCUUAGCAAAUGAAACAGCAGCUGCUAAAAGACACCAUUGAUUUAUUCUACAAUCUGUUCAAACACCUCCUUAUCUGGCAAAUAAAGCCAAGGCUUUUCUUACAGAUAUAUAAUGCAUAGUCACCAGCAAGAGACUGGAGAAUAGUGCUGCUGAAUACAGUCCUCUGUGUUGGAAUCAAGCUCUUGUGCUGGUUAAAAUGAAGGGGUGCCUUAUUAUACUCACUCUGAUCAGUUACUGCAGUGGGCAGUCAAGCUUGGGAUCCUACAACCUUGACAGCUUUGUAACUGUCUCUGGCUUGUCUUCGGGAGCCUAUAUGGCCAACCAGUUCCAUGUGUCUCAUUCUGGGAAGGUGAUUGGAGCAGCCAUGUUUGCUGGAGGCCCAUAUUACUGUGCUUUGGGGAACUCGCUGACGGCCACUGGCAUUUGUAUGAAGUAUCCUUCCAGCAUAAGUGUCCCCUCUCUAAAGACUUUCACCCAGACUUACGCCAUUACGGGCCAGAUUGACCCAGUGUCCAAUCUCGCACGUAGUAAGGUCUUCAUCUUCUCUGGCUCCCUGGACUCAGUUCUAGUCCCAGGAGUGUCAAAGAAGCUAGAGGAGUACUACAAAGCCUACAUUACUAGCACAGGGGCCAUCAAAGCCGUCUAUAAUAUCCCAGCUGAGCAUGGUAUGCCAACUGAAACCUAUGGAGGGGCUUGUGGAGCCAGGACCCACGACUAUAUCAACAAUUGUAACUACAACGGCGCCUAUGAGGCUCUGAACCACAUCUACGGAGGUCUUCAGAGGCCGAGUUCAUCUGCCACAGCGACCGGACAGUUGAUACUGUUUGACCAAUCAGAAUAUUUCAAUCUGGCUGCUCCCAUCACAUAUGGUAUGGAUACAGCUGGCUAUGUCUACCUUCCUUCCUCCUGUCAAGCUGGUGCAAGGUGCAGACUCCAUAUUGCAUUUCAUGGCUGUGUCCAAGGAAGAGAGGCUGUUGGGGAUCAAUUUGUCCGAAAUGCAGGAUACAAUCAAGUUGCAGAUCUCAACAACCUGAUAAUUCUGUACCCUCAGGCCAGAUCUAAUGCACUUAAUCCUAAUGGAUGCUGGGACUGGUGGGGUUACUCAGGAAUUGCUUAUGCUACCAAGAAUGCCUUCCAAGUGUCCGGCGUAGAGAGAAUGAUGCUGAGGACCAUGGGACAGUAUUAAUGUUACUGAUGCUCUGGGGAUAGCAGCCACUGAUGGAGACACUGUUACAUAUUCUACUUGUAAAUAUUGUAAAAAAAAAGUUUGCUUAUUAAUAAUAAAAAUCUGAAAUCAUUUGGAAUGCAACAUUCUUAAUGGGCACAUCAAAUAAUAGUUUGUUGUUAUGCGUAAAGUUGAGUAACUAUAAAGUGUAAAUAAAAUGUACAU